AUGCACUUGCAGACAGCAGACCUUAGAAUAAGAGUGGAAGACAAAAUUUUUAUUGUUGACAAGGCUUUGUUGACACAACACUGCGAGUACUUCCGAGCACUUUUCCGCUCAGGAAUGAGAGAAUGUGACCAAGAGGAAAUUCAUUUGAAAGGGGUUCGAGCUCGUGGGUUUGUGAUUGUACUCAGUGUCAUGAGAGGUGAACAGCCCAUCCUGGAUAGCGACGAAAUUGUUGAUGCCAUUGAAUGUGCUGCAUUCCUCCAGGUGGAGCCGCUAGCAAAACAUCUGGUGAACAUAAUCAACACUGAUAACUGCUUGCUUAUGUGCCACACGGCAGCUACAUAUGGCCUGCUGGAUCUUUUCCACAGCUCAGCACUGUUCAUUCGAGAUGCUUAUUGUGACCUGAAAGAAGAGGCUAGAUGUUUGCCGAAAGAGCUUGUAGAAUACACCGAAUCUCUUACCCCAAGCAUGUAUGUUACUGUUGGCACUCACUCUCCAGCCGUUGAGAUGCUGCAGGACUUUAUGCGCACAGUUUGCUAUCUGGAUGAAGAUGAAAAAGACUGGAAAGUUUUAACUGACUUGCCAGCCAAUGCUAGUACCACCAUGGCUGGUGUGGCUGUCCUGGAUAACAAGCUGUACAUUGUUGGAGGGGUGCGUGACAUAAGCAAUAAGGUGGUGGACACGUGCUUCUGCUACGAUGCCACAACUGACACCUGGAGCACUUUUACAGGUCCCCAUCAGCCACGCUACAACUUCUCCCUGGUUGGGCAUGACGAUUGCCUGUAUGCAAUUGGAGGAGAGUGUGAAAGGACACCCAUGUCUUCGGUGGAAGUGUACAAAGUUUCGACUGGAGUCUGGUCCCAUGCUGCUCAGUUUCCUCGGCCUGUAGCUGGGACCCCAUCUGCCAAAGCAUUGAACAGGAUUUUUAUAUGCUCGUGGAAGCCAGUGGGUGCCACAGACAUCUAUGAGUAUAUCCCUGCGAAAGAUGAGUGGGUGCUUCUCUCAAAACUUGUAAGGCCCCAUAGCUAUGGCCACUGUAUGGUGGCUCACAGGGAUAAUCUUUACGUGAUGCGAAAUGGGCCCUGUGACGAUUUCUUGCGGUGCAUGAUAGACUGUUAUAGUCUGACCACAGGCCAGUGGACGGCCAUGCCUGGGCAUUACGGCAACAGUAAAGGCGCUCUAUUCACGGCUGUGGUUAGAGGGGAUUCUGUGUUCACGUUUAACAGAAAUAUGACUCUGGAAUAUACUAUUGAGAAUAAUACAUGGAAACCGAAAAGGGAAAUGAAGGGUUUUCCACGAAUUGGCUCCUUCUGGACAUUUUUGUUGAGAGUGCCAAGGACCACUAAACAGUCAAUGAGAAGAGAUAUAUUAAGCAAUAAUUACAAAAAAUUCAGCAAUCAUAUAGAUCACUACCAGUCCUCCUUUUUGCAGUGCAUUGAUUGA